AUGGCAGCUCUUGUCCCAACUACAUCAAGAGGCCUGAUGUCUGUCCCACCACACCCAUUUUCCAGCCGAGUUUCUGGGGAAUAUAUUGCGAGCUUUGAUCAGCCGGCCCCUGUGCCAGAGUUUGCGGCCGAUAACCCAUACUCUAUCUGUGAUGGAACCCAGGCCCACGCAAACUCGUUGAUCCCGGCAAAGGGCGCCGACGAGGACCAGACUCCGGCGGUCGAAUCGCGCCCGAUAAGCAGGCAAGAUCUAGACCUGCCAUGUCCGCUGAGUGCACUGAUCGACGGCAUGCAGCACAUCCCGGUUAGAGACAUGCACGCCUGGGUACACCGUCCCGUCGAGAGGCGCCGCCAGGAGGCACUGCAACGGGAUGGCAGGAUCCCACGCCCGAUGAACUAA